CUAACCUGAAAACAUACAAGUACGUUUUCCUGAUGUGGUGAUUAGUAAUGAUUCUGUGAUCUUUUUCAACAUAAACCUGCAAUAACGCAUUUCAGACGCAAAAACAAAAACAUGGAGGAGGAUUUUGAAGCCAUGUUUGCUGACGAACUGGAAAUGAUGAAUGAGAUGGACGAUUAUGAGCCAUAUCCUAAGUCCAAAAGAAGUCUGGCUUUCACUCCAUCUAAAGGAACUGGCAAGGACCCAGUGGACCUCAAUGACAGCAUACUGACACCUUUGGACAGUCCAAGUGAAAAUACAGAUGUGUCCCACAAAAGGAAAAAGAGAGAAAAAGAUGUCUUUGGUGAUUUGUCAGAUUCUGAUGGUGAUGUUGAGGAGGCUUUGCCCAAGAUAGCUCCUCAAAGAAAGAGAGUCAAAUUAUCCCCCCAAAAAUCGCUUUCCAUACCCAAAAAUCAACCUGAACCAGGUUUAGAUGAUUUUGAAAUCACGCCCCCUCCAUCUCCAACCCUUGUUCUGGAGAAACGCAUCUUAGCCCAAAGAAACAAAACCACAACCAGUAUCUUGGCAGAGCCAACAAACAGCAGGGAUACUUACCAAACCCCAGUGCUAGAUAGUUAUGACUAUGACAGGCCCAGAGUGUUCAGAAGAAUUCCUGCUGGGAAUUUUAUAUCUGUAACAGGGGUUGAUGGAACAAGAGCCUACAUGAAAGUGAAAGAAGAUAGUAUAUUGACAAAAGAGGAGGAUGCAGCUUUUUCUGCGACCAGUUCACACUUGCUGGGAAUGUCCUUUGAAGCACUGAAGGAUCAAGUGGAACAAGAGAGGAGAAACAGGGUAAUUGAAGAAUCAAUAAGACUGACUAAUCAGCUUAACAGGGAAUUUGACACAGAUCUUGGUUUGGAGGAUGAGUUAACAAGUGAUCUGCCUGAAAGCCAUGACAUGCUUGAUAAAGAAGUGGAAAGUGAUGGAGAUAUGAAGCAUGAGCUGUGGGUAGAACAAUACAGACCCCGUCAAUAUACACAGCUCUUAAGUGAUGAGAGCACUAACAGAGCAUUGCUGCACUGGCUGAAGUUGUGGGACCAUGUUGUGUUUGGAAAGGAGAAGAAGGUUCCUAAAGCAAAGCAAGAAGAAAAGAGCAAAAAAGAUGGCAAGAAAAAGAACUUUAAAAAGCAGGAGGAAGUGACAGAGGAUUUGGACAAACUAGGAAGGCCAAUACAAAAGAUAGCUUUGCUGUGUGGUCCCCCAGGUCUCGGCAAGACCACUUUGGCCCAUGUAAUUGCAAGCCAUGCUGGGUAUAAUGUAGUUGAGAUGAAUGCCAGUGAUGACCGAUCUCCGGAAUUAUUUAAGAAUAAGAUAGAAUCUGCUACCCAAAUGAAAGCAGUAAUGGGAGCAGACCCAAGGCCGAACUGUCUGGUCAUUGAUGAGAUUGAUGGUGCUCCUUCUCAAUCUAUCAAUAUUUUGAUGUCAUUCAUCAAAGGUGAAGAAAAGGUCACCAAAAAGAAAAAGAAGAGUGAACGGAUUCUGUUAAGACCUGUUAUCUGUGUUUGUAAUGAUUUGUAUGUGCCUGCUCUGAGGACAUUACGACAAAAUGCCCUGGUUUUACACUUCCCUCCCACUGCCUCUGCCCAGCUGGCUUCUAGAUUACUAGAGAUUAGUAGAAUGAAUAAAAUCCGUACAGACAUGUCUGCCUUGCUCCAGCUGUGUGAGAAGACCAAUAAUGACAUCAGAUCCUGUCUGAACACGCUGCAGUUUGUCCAGAGGCAGAAGAAGGAACUGACCAUGUCCAGUGUCCAGUCGUUGAGUGUAGGGCAGAAGGAUGCUCACAAAAGUCUCUUCUCUGUUUGGCAGGAUAUAUUCCAAAUGCCUAAACCUAAAAGGAAAAGAUUUGUCAAUCCCCAUGAGCGUGGAAGUGUUCAAGAAAUGCAGGAUCUCUUAGCACAGAACAAUACAUCCACAUCAGGAAGGUUUCAGCACAUCUAUGAGGUUGCCAUAGCAGCAGGAGACCAUGAAAAAGUAACCCAGGGAAUCUUUGAAAAUUAUUUAGAGAUGAAAAUUAAGGACCCAAGAUUUGAUGGGUUGACCCUGGCCAGUGAAUGGCUGUGCUAUACAGACCUGGUGAACCAGCAGAUAGCUCACUCUCAGCUCUAUAUAAUGAUGCGCUACCUGCCAUACCUGCCUGUGGUCUUCCACCUGCUGUUUGCUUCCACAUCAUACCCCAAGUUGUCUUAUCCACACAGUCAAUAUGAGUGCACCACUAAGUUGGCCAAGUCAGAAAACCUGGUGAAUGCCAUGAUGAAUGAGAUGGCGCCCUCUGUGAGGAAAAAUUUGAACAUCCCCAUAAUUGUGCUGGAGGUUCUGCCAUCUCUGCUGGGCAUCAUUACACCCACACUGAGACCUGUGAACACACAGCUUUACAGUGCCAGGGAGAAGGCAGAUAUGAACCACCUGAUUCAGAUCAUGAUUGCUUAUAACAUGACGUAUCGCCAGGAAAGGACACCAGAGGGACAAUACACAUACGUUCUUGAUCCGAGUUUAGAUGAAGUGGUUCACUUCACAGGGUUGAAGCCUGAAAGACAGUUAACCUAUGCAGCUAAACAGCUGAUAGCCAGGGAGAUUGAGUUGGAGAAGAUGAGAAGAAGUGAGGCAGUACUUGAAAGAGCUGAGAAGCAGCCUGUAGCUCCAGUAACAAAGAAGUCAGCCAACCCUGCUGUACCUAACCACCUGCAGAAGCUGGAGGCCAAGCCGAUCAGGGAGGUGGAGGAAAAG